AUGUCCCUUCCUUCCAUAGUGCAGCCGGAGACAGUGGAGAGCACGGAUUCGAGAUUGAACACAAUCAGAUCCCCAUCGAAUGAAGGAGAUGUUGCGAUUUCAGACGCGGAGACUCAAACCUCAUCAAAACUUGAUUUGCUGAACGACGGGGAGCAGCACGAAUCCAUUCCUCGAAACAUCAAGAGGUUGCAAGUCCCAGGCCCCUUUUGUCCACUUGAAAACAGAGAAUAUGUAGAUACAAACGAAUCCCUCGUAUCUGAAAACUCAAACUACCAAAACAUACUCAGUGAAGAUGAAGGAGUUUAUGACUUUGCGUCGUACAGAAAAUCAAAUGACCACCUUAUGCCUGACCCAUAUCUGCGUCCGCUUUCCCAGAACUCCACAACGUCGUGUCUAUCUACUACAGCAACAAAAGAUGGGAUACAGGGCAAGAGAUUGCGCCGGUUUGGACCUAGUGCGUAUGUCAGUGACGUAAUUUCAAACAUGAAUGAUCAAUUACAAGACCAGACUUCGGUUCAGCUGCCGCCUGAAUCCUUUGAGAAUGAUGGCGUGCGCACCCAAAACGAUGACCGGUCUGAGUAUUACCCCGAGUCAAUGGACGUCAAGCCUCAGAACAGUCAGAAUGCUAGUGUUGUUAGUCUUCACCAGACCUCAAUCAGAUACGGAAACGACGGUUCAUCUAAGAUCCUGGUGGACAAUGCUUAA